UUUCAAUUACGAUAUCUAAGUUUGAAAGAAUGUAAUUUUUAAAUAUUUUAGUUUUUUACUGAUUCAAAAUUUACGGCUCGGUUCCGUAUCCGUUAAAAUCACGUCGUCCGUGGGCAGUGAACUGAUGUAAACAACAACUUAUUGAUUUAUAUUUACUAUUUCAUAUCUUUUUUACUUCAGUAUCAGUAUCAGUGUCAGUAUCAGAUUCUUCUGAUAAUCAUCAGUAUUAAUUCUUAUGUUUCAACAGCAAAAUUUUCUCAACAAUGAUGUUUAAUAAAUAAUACAAACCUGAAAGUCUUGUAUUAUUGUAAAGAAUCUUACUUUAGACAAAACACUGAUACAUGCUACAAUAGUUAACCAUCAAUAGAAUCAAACUUUCAGUACUUACCAGAUAGCUUAUUUAUUUGAAAACGAAUAAUAAGUUUUUAGAAAAUGGACGACGAAAAAUUGAUAAAUUGCGUAAAAAGUUACAGAGGAUUAUAUGACUUUUCACAUUCGCAAUAUUUAAAUGGCAAUUAUAAAGAAAAAAAAUGGGAUAAAAUCGGACUAAAAUUAAAUCAACCAGUUCCAGUAUGUAAAGCCCGUUGGAAUAAUAUCAGAGACAAUUUCCGUAAAUCGCUGAAAAAAAGAAUAGCUCAAGAUGAAGAAAAACUAACACAAUCGAAGAAAUAUAAAUAUGAAGAUCAAUUAGAAUUUUUAAUGCCUUUCAUAAAAAUAAGAGACACUGAUGACAUUUUAGAUAAUUUAGUCGGAGUUAAUACUUCCGCUGCGAUGGACCCUUUAGUCAAUGUUGGCAUCAAACACGAUCCUGAGGAGUCUGAUGACAGUGACAUCGAAGAUAGUGAAGGUACUGACCAAGAGGACCAAGAUCAAGAUGGAGUUUCAGUAACAAAGUCAAAACAAUGUUCCCAGUUUGGGAAAAUUUCAAUAACUACGAACUAUCAUGAAGAAAAUGGUUUAAUUAAUAACGUAUCAAAAGAACCUGUGUCGUUGGAGAUAAAUAAAAAACGAAAAGCUGACGAUGAAGAUUUAUUAAAGUACGACAACUCCGAGACAACAUCGAUUAAUCUGGUAAAAUACAUUUUAGAGCAAAAUGAGAAAACGAACCAGCAGUUAAUUCAUCCAGUAGACGCAUUCCUUGCUGGAUUAGCGCCUACUUUAAAAUCUUUAAGUCCAUAUCACUUAAAUAUUGCUAAAUCUAAAAUAUUUAACGUUGUACAGGAGUUAGAAAUGAAUCAAAUAAUGAAUAUUCAGCCAGCCUUUGAAACUCCAGUCACAAAGUUUUUUAUUUCACCUUCUUCGUCACCGUUGCAAAGUAGUACUUCACCAUCAUCAUCUACUUUUAUAGCAACUGCAUCUGUGGACUUACACAAAUAAUUUGUUAAAAUUAAUUAUUUAUUUAUUUAAAACUUUUAUUCACACCUGUAAUUUAAAACCUAAUUAUUCAGAACUUAUAUCUGUCUUAAUUUACCGAUUUUGUUUUGUAGAAAAGUCUGGAAUAAAAAUUUAAUACCAUCAUA